AUGUUCCUGUCAGGUCUUGGGAGGAAGGUUCACUCCCUCCGCCUGUUCCUGGGCGAAGCCCAUGUGUCGUUGAGGGAUGUCCUAGCCUCGCCCAAUUUGGCUGCCAGCUUCAAUGCUCCUCUGCUGGACACCAGGAAGCAAAGCACCGGGGCCUUCCUGGUGCUGCAGGUCUCCUACAUCCCUCCACCUGGGGCGGCCCCCCUGUUUCCUCCUCCCACUCCGCCGGAGCCCAGUCCGAGCGCACCCGCCGAACUGGACACCAUGACAGAUACGGCUGGAGAGGAAGAGGCGGAGGACCUUCUCGGGACCGGAGAUGAAGAGGAGCCUUUGGUGGGUCCUGCGUCUCCGGAGCAGCCCUCCGCCCCCCGGAAGCCCCCUCCCCACGCCGUUCACGGGACCAGGAGGAGGAGGAGGAGCGGCCCCAAGAAGCCCCUCUCCAACAAGCCCCAGGACUUCCAGAUCCGGGUGAGGGUCAUUCAAGGGCGGCAGCUCCCUGGGGUCAACCUCCGGCCGGUGGUCAAGGUCACGGCAGCUGGACAGACCAAGCGGACAAGGAUCAGGAAAGGGAACGGACCAGUUUUUGAUGAGACCUUUUUCUUCAACAUCUUCGAUUCCCCGAUGGAGCUCUUCGAUCAGCCCAUAUUCCUCACGGUGGUGGACUCCCGCUCGCUCCGGACGGACUCGGUCAUCGGGGAAUUCCGGCUGGACAUUGGGACAAUUUACGCCGAACCCAGGCAUUGUAUCCUCCGAAAAUGGCUGUUGCUUUCAGAUCCGGAGGACUUUUCGGUCGGAGGGAGGGGCUACUUGAAGGUCAGCUUCCAAGCCCUUGGCCCUGGGGACGAGGUGCCCUUGGAGAAGAAGGAAGCUGCCGAAGAAAAGGAAGACAUCGAAGGCAACCUGCUCAGGGCGACCGGAGUGUCGCUCAGGGGGGCCCAUUUCGCCCUGAAGAUUUACCGAGCAGAAGACCUGCCCCAGAUGGACGAUGCCAUGAUGGACAGCGUGAAGCAGAUCUUCGGCUUUGAGAGCAACAAGAAGAACCUGGUGGAUCCUUUUGUGGAAGUUACUUUUGCUGGGAAAACGCUUUGCAGCAAAAUCGUGGAGAAGAAUGCCAACCCCCAAUGGAACCAGAGCAUCACUUUGCCAGCCAUGUUUCCUUCCAUGUGCGAGAAGAUGCGGAUCCGGGUCAUUGACUGGGACCGGAUGACCCACAACGACAUCAUUGGCACCAGCCAUCUCUGCAUGUCCAAGAUCUCCGCUUCUGGAGGGGAACUGGAAGUGGACGAUGGCCUGGGAUUCCUGCCCACCUUUGGCCCUUGCUACGUCAACCUGUAUGGCAGCCCGAGGGAGUUCACCGGAUUCCCUGAUCCCUUUGAGGAGCUCAACACGGGAAAGGGGGAAGGCGUUGCUUACCGCGGUCGGUUGCUGGUGGAGCUGGAGACCAAGCUGGUGGACCACGUCGAGCAGAAGCUGGAGGCCAUUCCUGCAGAUGACAUCCUGCGUGUCGAGAAGUACUUGCGGAGGAGGAAGUUCUGCCUCUGCGCCACCUUCUACUCGGCCACCAUGUUGCAAGACGUGGACGACGCCAUCCAGUUCGAGGUCAGCAUCGGGAAUUACGGAAACAAGUUCGACAACACCUGCCUGCCCUUGGCCUCCGCCACCCAGUACAGCCGGGCCGUUUUCGAUGGCUGCCAGUACUACUACCUGCCUUGGGGCAACGUGAAGCCCGUGGUGGUCCUCUCUUCAUACUGGGAAGACAUCAGCCACCGGACGGACGUGCAGAACCUCCUCUCUGGUGCCGCGGAUCGGCUGGAAGCCAACCUGGCCCUGGUCCACCUGGCCCUCAAAGCCAAACGCUCCGCCGGCGACUUGGACGCCCUGCUUGCACGGCUGAUGGAUGAGGUCAUUGCGGACUGCAGCCAGCCUUUGCCGGACGCCACCCAGAAGCCCUCCAGCACCCACUUGGACCACUACCUCUACCGCUUCCGGGCCACUAACCUGCUCCAGAUUGUCCAGGCGGCCCUGCGGCUGAAGCACGAAGACGCGGAGCUGCAGGAGGCGCUGGAGCAGGCGGAGGACUGGCUCUCCCGCCUCAGGGCCCUGGCCGAGGAGCCCCAGAACAGCCUUCCGGACGUGGUCAUCUGGAUGCUGCAAGGGGACCGCCGCGUAGCCUUUGCCCGGGUGCCCGCCCACGAGGUCCUCUAUUCCCGCAACGGACCCAAUUGCUGCGGCAAGAACUGUGGCAAGCUCCAAACCAUAUUCAUGAAAUGUCCUCAGGAGGAGACCCUGGGCCCCAAGAUCCGGGUCCAGAUCCGGGUGCAGCUCUGGCUCGGGCUCAGUGUGGACGAGAAGGAGUUCAACAAGGCUGCAGAAGGGCGGCUCUCCGUCUUCGCGGAAACGUAUGAAAACCAGACCAAACUGGCCCUGGUUGGCAACUGGGGCACCACCGGCCUGACUUACCCCAAGUAUUCGGAUGUCACCGGGAAGAUCAAGUUGCCCAAGGACAGCUUCAAACCUUCGGCUGGAUGGACCUGGUCUGGAGACUGGUUUGUCAGCCCUGAAAAGACGUUGCUUCAUGACACGGAUGCAGGCCACAUGAGCUUUGUGGAGGAGGUCUUUGAGAACCAGGCCCGGCUCCCUGGAGGGCAGUGGAUCCACAUGGCAGAGGCCUACACUGAUGUGAACGGGGAGAAGGUUCUGCCCAAGGAUGAGAUCGAGUGCCCCUUGGGAUGGAAGUGGGAGGACUUUGAGUGGGACAUCGACCUCAACCGGGCCGUGGACGAGAGAGGCUGGGAAUACGGCAUCACCAUCCCUCCGGACCACAAGCCCAAGAGUUGGGUCCCAACGGAGAAGAUGUACCACACCAACCGGCGCCGGCGCUGGGUCCGGCUGCGGAGGAGGGACCUGGCCCAGGUGGAGGCCCUGAGGAAGAGUAAACAGGAGGAGCUGGAGGGCGAGGGCUGGGAGUACGCCUCCCUCUUCGGCUGGAAGUUCCACCUGAAAUACCGCAAGACCGACUCCUUCCGCCGGCGGAGGUGGAGGCGCCGCAUGGAGCCCUUGGAGCAGACCGGAGCCGCCGCGGCCUUCGCCCUGGAAGGCGCCCUGGGCGGAGUGACGGACGACAAGAGCGAUGACGGCAAAUCCAUGUCAACCCUCAACUUUGGGGUGAACCGACCGACCAUUUCCUGCAUCUUUGACUAUGGAAACAGGUACCACUUGCGCUGCUACAUCUACCAAGCCAGGGAUCUCGUUGCCAUGGAUAAAGACAGCUUUUCAGACCCGUACGCUGUGGUCUCCUUCCUGCACCAGAGCCAGAAGACGGUGGUGGCGAAGAGCACCUUGAACCCCACCUGGGACCAGACGCUCAUCUUCUACGAGAUCGAGAUCUUCGGGAACCCGCAGAACAUCGCCGACGCCCCUCCGAACAUCGUGGUCGAGAUCUUUGACCACGACACCUACGGAGCCGACGAGUUCCUGGGCCGCUGCCUUUGCAAACCCAGUAUGGACCCGAAGCCCAGGCUGGCCUGGUUCCCCGUCCAGAGGGGCAGACAGCCGGCCGGAGAGCUGCUUGCCGCCUUCGAGCUCAUCCAGCGGGAAAAGCUGGCUGUCCACCACAUCCCUGGCUUUGAGACACACAUACAGAACAGGUUACUCUUUCAGUCUGCAGAAUUGGACCUGCCGUACCCUCCGCCGCAGAGAGAGCCCAACAUCUACAUGGUCCCUCAAGGCAUCAAGCCCGUCCUUCAGCUUACAGCCAUCGAGAUCUUGGCCUGGGGGCUCCGCAACAUGAAGAGCUACCAACUGGCCAGUGUGACAUCACCCAGCCUCCAGGUGGAGUGCGGAGGGCAGGUGGUCCAUUCCUGUGUCAUCAAGAACCUCAAGAAGAACCCCAACUUUGACAUCUCUGUCCUCUUCAUGAAAGUGCGCCUGCCCAGGGAAGACCUCUACAGCCCCCCCAUCGUCCUCAAAGUCAUCGACAACAGACCCUUUGGCCGGAAGCCUGUGGUGGGUCAGUGCAGCAUCCGGUCCUUAGAGAGCUUCGUCUGCGAUCCCUACAAGGAGGAAGCGGCCUUCGCCGAAGUGCAAGCAGACGAUGUGAGCCUAACGCCUAGAGAAGACGUCCUCAUUGAUAUCGAUGACAAGGAGCCCCUCAUUCCGGUCCAGGAGGAAGAAUGCAUUGACUGGUGGAGCAAGUUCUUUGCUUCCACGGGGGAACGGGAGAAGUGCGGCUCCUACCUGGAGAAGGGCUUCGACACCCUGAAGGUCUAUGAGACGGAACUGGAGAACGUGGAAGGCUUUGAGGGCCUCUCCGACUUCUGCCACACCUUCAAGCUCUUCCGGGGCAAGACGCAGGGUGCCAGCGAAGACCCCACCGUCGUUGGGGAGUUCAAGGGCUCCUUCCGCAUCUAUGCGCUCCCGGAUGACCCCUCGGUGCCGCUCCCUCCGCGCCAGUUCCACCAGCUGCCGGCCAGAGGCCCCCAGGAGUGCCUCCUCCGGGUCUACAUCAUCCGUGCCUUUGACCUCCAGCCCAAAGACCCCAACGGAAAGUGCGACCCUUACGUCAAGAUUUCGGUGGGGAAGAAGUCCAUCAACGACCAGGACAACUACAUCCCGUGCACCUUGGAGCCCGUCUUUGGAAAGAUGUUUGAGCUGAGCUGCACCUUGCCCUUGGAGAAGGACCUGAAGGUCACCCUCUACGACUACGACCUGCUCUCCAAGGACGAGAAGAUCGGGGAGACCACCAUCGACCUCGAGAACCGCUUCCUCUCCCGGUUCGGGGCCCGCUGUGGCCUCCCACAGACCUACUGCAUCUCUGGUCCGAACCAGUGGCGAGAUCAGCGGCGCCCUUCCCAUCUGCUCCACGCCUUGGCCUUCCAACGCAACUGCAAACCUCCCGUUUACAAGCAGAAUCGCAUCACCUUCGGAGAGAAAACCUACAGCCUCUCGGAUUUGGAGGAUGGGAAGCCCCCCAACCCGCACCUGGGAGCCGUGGAAGAGAGGCUGGCCUUGCACGCCUUGCACAAGGAAGGCCUGGUGCCGGAGCACGUGGAGACCAGGCGGCUCUUCAGCCCUUUGCAGCCGGACAUCGAACAGGGCAAGGUCCAGAUGUGGGUGGACCUCUUUCCGAAAUCUCUGGGGGCACCGGGACCUCCCUUCAAUGUGACCCCAAGGAAAGCUAAAAGGUUCUACUUGCGUUGCAUCAUCUGGAACGCCAAAGACGUCAUCCUGGACGACCUCAGCAUCACCGGGGAGAAGAUGAGUGACAUCUACGUCAAAGGGUGGAUGGUGGGCUACGAGGAGAACAGGCAGAAGACGGACGUGCAUUACAGGUCGAUGGGGGGCGAAGGGAACUUCAACUGGAGGUUCGUCUUCCCCUUCGACUACCUGCCGGCCGAGCAGCUCUGCUACGUGGCCAAGAAGGAGCAUUUCUGGAGCCUGGACAAGACCGAGAACAAAGUCCCUCCACAGUUGGUCCUCCAGGUCUGGGACAACGACAAGUUCUCCUUCGAUGACUAUUUGGAACUACGCUGCCAUGAAGCUGGUGAAGCCGUUCAGCUGAAGCGGAGAAGAGCAAAGGAUGGGGCCCAAAGGGGACGGCGAGGGGACCGUGCCUUUCCAGAUGCAACAUUUGCCUUCUGCUGCAGGCUCUCGAGCCAAAGCAUCUCCACUGCUCCUUCCAGAAACUGCUUGAUCCUCUGCUUCGAAGUCAAAGAUUUUGAAGCUCGCCUUUUUCUUCCCCAGCCUGCCAAUGCUUCUCUGGCCACUGACUCUGCCAAACUGGUGCCCCAAAGCUGCCCCUUUGUUUCCCUGUGCAAAGUAGACCUUAGAGAACUAGAAGAGCUGCUGUUCCAACACUGGAGAUGCGCCAUUCACUUAGAGUCACUGGGAGAUGCUUGA